CCAACCCCAACCCCAACCCCAACCCCAACCCAACUCCAACUACUCCAACGACACCCAAAUUAUUUUCAUUUUUCAUCAAUAUACCAAAUUCAAUUACAAACCCUAAUUCAUCCCUCGCACGUCCUCACUCGAUUUCUGGGUUUCCGAUUGAAUCAAAUCUCGAUCUUGAUUACACACUUCCAAUCAAAGUAAUGGCGAUGAGGAUGAAGAAAUACAAUUCCGAAAUGGAGAAUGCAUCCAGCCAUCUUUGGGUGGGAAAUUUACCGCUCGAUGUGACCGAAUCUGAUCUGGCUCAGUUAUUCGGAAAAUAUGGAUUACUUGAUGAAAUAACUUGUUAUGCUUCUAGAACCUACGCUUUUGUUUACUUUAAACGUGUUGAAGAUGCUGUUGCUGCUAAAGAUGCUCUUCAAGGGUUUUUACUUUAUGGCACCUCCAUUAAAAUUGAGUUUGCCAAACCGGCUAAGCCCUCCAAGCAUGUAUGGGUUGGCGGAUUUGGCUCAUCACUCACUCGAGAAAAGCUAGAAGACGAGUUGAAUAAAUUUGGUAGAAUUGAGGAGUUUAAGUUCAUUAGAGACCGGAAUAUUGCACUUGUUGACUUUGUUAGGUUGGAAGAUGCUUCAGCUGCAGUGAAAAAUCUGAACGGGUUUCAAAUUGGUGAUGAUUGCAUACGCGUUGAUUUUCUUAGAUCUCAUCCUGCUAAGAGGGAACAAUCUGAUUUUCAUGAUGUAGUAAGUGCACAGUUCAAAGGUAUGGGUGAUUCAUCAUGGAUCAAUGCAGAUGUCAUGAGGGGUUAUCCUUAUCCGGAGUCCACUAAUUCUGGACAUAAGAGACUGCAGCAGGCUAAACCCUCCAGACAUGUAUGGAUUGGCGGAUUUGGCUCAUCAGUCACCAGGGAAAAGUUAGAGAAAGAGCUACGUAGAUAUGGUAGAAUAGAGGAGCUCAAUUUCAAUAGAGACCGAAAUAUUGCAUUCGUUGACUUUGUGAGUUUGGAAGAAGCUUUAGCUGCUGUGAAGAAUAUGAAUGGGUUGCACAUUGGUAAUGAUCGCAUACGUGUUGAUUUUCAGAGAUCUCAUCCUUCUAAGAGGGAACAGUCUGAUUUUCAUGACAUGGGGAGUGUACAAUUCAAAGGUGUGGGUGGCCUUGAUCCAGCAUGGAUCAAUGCAGAUAUCAUGAGGGGUUAUUCUGAGCCCACUUACUCCGGGCAUAAGAGAUUGCAGCCAUCUGAACAUCUGGAAGGACGUAAAGGAGAUCGCCCGAGUAAGGUUUUGUGGGUUGGGUAUCCCGCUUCUGUUGUCAUAGACGAGGAAAUGCUACAUAAUGCCAUGAUCCUGUAUGGAGAGAUUGAAAGAAUAAAAUGUUUCCCUUCAAGACAUUAUUCUUUUGUAGAUUUCAGAAGUGUGGAGGAAGCAAGACGUGCUAAGGAUGCUUUGGAAGGAAGACUAUUUAAUGAUCCUCGAAUUUCAAUAAUGUUCUCAAACAGUGAUUUAGCUCCUGGAAAAGAAUUUGGACAACCAUAUCCCGGAUUUAGAGGCCAGAGGUCAGAUGUGUUCGGGAGUGAACUUUCUUUCGGACCACCUAUGGAUAUGUUUGCUUCACACCGUGUGAUGCUGCCAAACAAUUUCCAUGGACUUCCUGUUUCUAAUGGCGUGCUUGGACAAGAUAUGCCAAGACCAUUUGGGCGUAGAGGGAAUUUGGAUUCUUUGUUACCCUCCCCAGAUUUUAAUGAUCCCAACUUGCUUAAUACCAUGUCAGAGCUGACUUCAAAUGCUCCCAUCAAUCAGAGAAAAUUUUCUCCUUCUGCUGCGGGAUUGCUUCCAUCUCCACCCUUGUCUAGUAGGACGUCCCAUAAGAGAAGUGGGUGGGAUGUUCUCGACCCAAAUCAACUUCCUAGGGAAUCAAAGAGGUCUAGACUAGAGGGUCCGGCUUUAUUAAGUGACCCUCUCAAAUUAGGAAAAGGUGAUGAAUAUAUUGAAUGUGUUGAUCCACCUUAUAGUACUGGUCCUGAAUUUACUGGUGGAUCACUACCUAGACCUCAGGUUGAUAGUGGAUUGAGUCAAUUUGAUAUGGGAGUUGCAAAAGGAAAUGUUAUGGGACGUGCUAGUGGGGAUUAUAUUUGGCGUGGUGUCAUUUCGAAGGGUGGUAAUCCUGUCUGCCAUGCUCGAUGCAUACCAAUGGGAAAAGGAUUAGAGUGUGAACUACCAGAAGUUGUCAAUUGCUCUGCGAGAACUGGGCUUGACAUGUUGGCGAAGCAUUAUGCUGGUGCUAUUGGGUUUGACAUUGUCUGUUUCUUACCUGAUUGUGAAGAUGAUUUUGCUAAUUAUACCGAAUUCCUUAGGUAUCUUGGUUCAAAAAAUCGUGCUGGUGUGGCUAAAUUUGAUGAUGGGACAACAUUAUUCUUGGUCCCACCAUCAGAUUUCUUGACAGAUGUUCUACAAGUGACCGGGCGUGAGCGAUUAUAUGGAGUAGUGCUUAAGUUGCCUCAGCAACUCCCUGGUGGUCAGUCUGUUCCUCAGAUGGUGCACCAGCUUAACCCUACUAUUCAACAUACAGAUACCCAGUUAGGUCCUUCCUUACAUGAAUAUGUAGCCUCUGAGAAGGCAUUGGCUGCACACAUGGAUUAUGGUAGAGUUUUACAUGAUGACUCAAAAGCAUCCUUCCCAAUUGCAUCUGCUUCACAAGAUCAGUCUAAUGAAGGUGUAUCUUCUACACCACGUCCUGCUGUGACAAUUACACCUGAGCUUCUUGCUACACUUCAAGCAUUCAUACCAGCCCAUUCUCAAUCUUCAGCCACUCUAACUGGUCAGCCAAAAUCAGGCUCUUCCACCACAGGGCUUGCACUACCUGCUUUAACAAACGAAAAGGGAGCAUUCUCACAGGGCUGGAGCCAACUUCAAAUUGAAUCGAAUGUGCAACCUCAACAUUUUGGGGUUCAAGGGUAUCCUAACGCAAAUUCCGAGUCAUACGCAUCCAGUCACCCUGUUCCAGGUCUUUCUGGAAAUAUGCAAAUGCAUAAUCCUGCAUAUAACCUUCAAGAACCCAGUGCCCUAUCAAUUGCAGUGCAUAAUCAACAAUUGGUGCCAUCAGUGCAGAAUAUACAGCCUUAUGCUCCGGAGGCUCCAAAUGAUAUUCAGAAGGGUUACGGGAUGUUGCAUGGAACACCUGCUGGCUCUUAUGGAAUAGGUGAUUCUCAGAAUCAUCCUGAUCCAGGGUCCUACUCCAAUCAAAUUAGUGUUGCUAAUCUUUCGCAUCCAGAGAUUAUGUUACCAACCUCAACUGGGAAUAUGAACGCUGAAUUGCUGAAACUACCCGAAAGAUCACAAACAUUGCCAUCUGGAGUUGGUCAAGGCACAUCAGAGGUUGAGGAACGCUAUCGAUCUACUUUACAGUUUGCUGCCAAUCUUCUCUUUCAAAUAAAGCAGCAGCCACAACAACAGCAGGCAAGUUCUCAUACGGGAAAUCAGCAGUGAAUUUCCCUUUUUAAAGGAAAAGAACGCAAAUAGGAUGGCGCCAGAAUAGUAGGAUGAUAACUCGUGCAAAUCGUUCCUUAACAUAAGUUGGCCAUGCCAAACUGUAAGGUGGUUCAAAAUGAACUUGAGUACUUCAUAAUUACAGCGUAUUCCAACGAUGACGACGGAAGCAUUGAGGGUAUUCGUAUUCUUUAAGGUCCCAAAUGUACAAUGCGUUCUUCUCGUCGACUUUCUUCGUGUUUUGCAGCUGUUCUUUACCAAUCAAAUCGACAUUUACGUUUUGCUAUAUUCAACAUUGAACUUUUACCAUCCCCAAGCAUUAAAGUGUCAAAACUUCAAACUUUGCAAUGUUUAUAGGAUUUACAGCUAGGUUAUUUACAAGAAAAUGUAUUGUUGAUUCUGAAUACAGGACGAUCAUUUACCAUACCAUAUGUUCUAGUUGUGUGGCUUAUUUUUCUAAAUCUUUUUAGGGGUCUAAUUGAACCACAAUAAUAAGGUUGAAAGUAAAACCUUAAAACUAUUUAGAUUUAUAGUUCUCAUUUUUUUUAUACACACAAGCGGAGUAACAAAUUAAUCCUUUCUGUGAGUGACAAAACUUGCAUUCUUGUAAUGAGUGAAAAAGAAAAAUUCUUAAUUAUUAGGCUAACUUAUGAUUCUCAGUUUUAUUUUGCGGUUGAACAGUUUAAUUGAACCUUUAAAGUAUAGUAGUGAAUAUGAAAUUCUCCUAGAAAUUAAAUUAUUACUUUUUCUGUCUCUAUGAGAACGGUCAUCAGUCUAUUGUUCCGCACAAAAUCACGGUUUGGGGGAAGAGGUAGCAGACAAGAUCAUGUCCAUACCCCUUGAGGGAGAGGGUAGGAGGAAAGUGAAAUCAGAUAUGUCCCUAUUUAAAAAUACCAUAUAAUUCACAUAUGUGAGAUAUUUUUAAGUCAUACAGUAAAAAUUCAGAGGUAUAAAUUGAUAAAAUUUAAGAAUCAUUAUAAUCUCAUAGAGCUACUCUUGUGAGAGACUCUCUUUUGAUGAAACGAUUUCAAAACCAGGAUGUUAUAUACUAAUAAUUGUAUUAGUUGCACACUUGCACUAUUUAGCCCAUAUAUAAAAAACAUCUUAAAAAAAAUCGUCAAACACAAGAUUUUGUAAAUCUCAUAAACCUUUUGAAAUGAAAUAUGUAUACAAAAGCCUUUGCCAUUUCACUUGAGACGUAAUUC